AUGGGAAUUAAGGAAGCCUCAGAAGUUCCUGCCCCUUGUGUUGCCUUAAAAAACGGUGAAAGCAAUGUCAGCACCUAUGAAUCACCUGAUAAUCCUGUAGUCGGAAAGAAGAAGAUUGGUUUUGCCUCUUUUGCAACUGGAAUAGUUCAUGGACUGCAACCAGACGCGUUGAUGAUGGUGUGUACCUGCCCUUGUUUUGCCUUCUCGCUUAUCUGGUUCUUAUUUGGAACUGUAGUUGCAAUGGGGAGCUAUACGGUAUUUAUAGGAUCAUGUAGUCAGGCACUAAAGGAUAGGAUUCCUAGAAAAACUGAGAAACUCACUUGGGCUUCUUCUCUUGUAACCAUAGCCCUUGUGUUUGCCAUCAUCAUUUGCCAGUUAUUUGGAUUUAGUUUGUAUUGA